AUGGGCAACAUCGAUGACGAAUAUAAACGGCUUGUAGAACAUCUUCACGACUGUACGAGGAAAGUGAAGAGUUUCAAAACCACCAAGAAACGCCUGUCUCCGGAAACUCUAGAGUUGAUACGUUUGUGUGGAGAUGCACGAGCUACAGGCAACCAAGAACUCACCUCCAAGAUCGCAACGCUUCGCAGAGAGGCGAUAAAAGAAGACCUCAAAGAAAGACGAGCAGAAUUGGCUUUGAGAUCUGAAGUUGCAGAGGGUGAAAAGAGCAUUCCCGUCGAAACUUCGCCAAUCGUAAACAAUAAUGACUGCUCUCCGGACCCCAGAUGGAACAACUACAGCAUCGAGAAGGAGGAUGGAGGAGAGGUACUCUCUUCCGAAGUCCUACAUCCCAUCAUGUCAGUGAAGAAUCGCACUCCUCCCGGUCCCGACAGAAUCAAGCCUGAACAUCUGACGUACCUACAUACAGUUCUCAUCAACACACUGGCGAUGCUCUUGACUCGUUAUCUCUCGGAAUGCAAGGUUCCUAAGAAAUGGAAAACCAGCAAGACCGUGCUGUUGUAUGAGAAGGGAGACCCACAAGACAUCGGCAACUAUGGCUCAAUCUGCUUACUGUCUGUCAUCUACAAGCUCUUCACAAGAAAACGUGAGCGUUCCGCAAGCGGUCCGAUGUUCACUCCUAUGUCACCGAUCAGAAACGCUACAGCAGAUGCCAACGAAGGCAAAAUUAGGACCGCCGACCUGAUGGUCAGGCCUCUUUACGAAGUUCUUCAAAGAAAAAUACGACGCUCUUCGAGUCCCUCACGAGAAGAAAUGCCACUGGAAAUACUUGAGCAUGAUCAGGACAGAUGGAAGUACUACUGGUGCCCGUUCGAGCAAAUCGAUGAACAACGGGAGCAAAGGUGA